AUAAGGAGUGGUGACAGGGAGGUGGACUCUGAGAAGGCCGGGCAGUUGAGGACAGGAGAGAGAAGGCUGCAGACCCAGAGGGAGGGAGGACAGGGAGUCGGAAGGAGGAAGACAGAGGAGGGCACACAGACACAGAGCAAGGGCGGCAAGGAGGAGACCCUGGUGGGAGGAAGACGCUCUGGAGAGAGAGGGGGCUGGGCAGAGAUGAAGUUCCAGGGGUCCCUGGCCUGCCUCCUGCUGGCCGUCUGCCUGGGCAGUGGGGAGGCUGGCCCCCUGCAGAGCGAAGGGGAAAGCACUGGGACAAAUACUGGGGAGGCCAUUGGGCAUGGCAUGGGAGACGCCCUCAGCCAAGGGGUGGGACAGGCCGUUGGCAAAGAGGCCGGAGGGAAAGCCGGCUCUAAAGUCAAUGAGGCCCUUGGCCAAGGGACCAGAGAAGCAGUCAGCACUGGAGUCAGGCAGGUUCCGGGCUUUGGCCCAGCAGAUGCUUUGGGCAACAGGGUCGGGGAAGCAACCCAUGCUCUGGGAAACACUGGGCAUGAGAUUCGCAGACAGGCGGAGGAUGUCAUUCGACACAGAGCAGAUGCUGUCCAAGGCUCCUGGCAGGGGGUGCCUGGCCACAAUGGUGCUUGGGAAACUUCUGGAGGCCAUGGCAUCUUUGGCUCUCAAGGUGGCCUUGGAGGCCAGGGCCAGGGCAAUCCUGGAGGUCUAGUGACUCCGUGGGUCCAUGGAUACCCCGGAAACUCGGCAGGCAGCUUUGGAACCAACCCUCAGGGAGCUCCCUGGGGUCAAGGAGGCAAUGGAGGGCCACCAAACUUUGGGACCAACACUCAGGGAGCUGUGGCCCAGCCUGGCUAUGGUUCAGUGAGAGGCAGCAACCAGAAUGAAGGGUGCACUAACCCCCCACCAUCUGGCUCAGGCGGAGGCUCCAGCAACUCUGGGGGAGGCAGCGGCUCACAGUCGGGCAGCAGUGGCAGUGGCAGCAAUGGUGACAACAAUGGCAGCAGCAGUGGUGGCAGCAGCAGUGGCAACAGCAGUGGCAGCAGCAGUGGUGGCAGUAGUGGCAACAGCGGUGGCAGCAGCAGUGGCAACAGUGGUGGCAGCAGCAGCAGCAACAAUGGUGGCAGCAGAGGUGACAGUGGCAGUGAGUCCUCCUGGGGAUCCAGCACCGGCUCCUCCUCCGGCAACCACGGUGGGAGCGGCGGAGGAAAUGGACAUAAACCCGGGUGUGAAAAGCCAGGGAAUGAAGCCCGCGGGACCGGCGAAUCUGGGAUUCAGGGCUUCAGAGGACAGGGAGUUUCCAACAACAUGAGGGAAAUAAGCAAAGAGGGCAAUCGCCUCCUUGGAGGCUCUGGAGACAAUUACCGGGGGCAAGGGUCCAGCUGGGGCAGUGGAGGAGGUGACGCUGUUGGUGGAGUCAAUACUGUGAACUCUGAGACGUCUCCUGGGAUGUUUAACUUUGACACUUUCUGGAAGAAUUUUAAAUCCAAGCUGGGUUUCAUUAACUGGGAUGCCAUAAACAAGAACCAGGUCCCGCCCCCCAGCACCCGAGCCCUCCUCUACUUCAGCCGACUCUGGGAGGAUUUCAAACAGAACACUCCUUUCCUCAACUGGAAAGCAAUUAUUGAGGGUGCAGACGCAUCAUCACUGCAGAAACGUGCAGGCAGAGCCGAUCAGCCGGGUGCAGGAUGGCAGGAGGUGGCAGCUGUAACUUCCAAGAACUACAAUUAUAACCAGCAUGCGUAUCCCACUGCCUAUGGUGGGCAGUAUUCAGUCAAGACCCCUGCAAAGGGGGGAGUCUCGCCUUCUUCCUCGGCAAUUUCUUCCAACCACCACCAAGGCCCCGAAAAGCACUGGUCAUCAGGGAGCUCCUCCCCUUGGCCCCCAGCCUGUGCCAGCCCUGGCCCGGCUGCCAUACCUCUGUUUCCUAGGCUGGGGACCCAGCUUGUCUCUCCUUGUUUCUUCCCACUGCACUGGGGUGCUUCAGUGACCACCAGCCUCAUCGGAUACACCAGCAUCUUUCUGUACCUCCUCCCUUUUGUGACCUGAAGUCACUGUGACAGUUCUCUAGGAAGGAGGAGCUUCCUACUUUUGAGUUUCUCUGUGGAAAUAAAACAUGAGUCUUGUUUCCCUA